AUGUUCUACAUUAUCGCUUUAUUGUUUCUGGUGAUCUUCUUCGCUGAUGAGAAAAUCACAUGGCAUGAAGCACUCACUAUGUUUCUUAUUUAUAUUAUCUAUGGGAUAUUCAUGAAGUAUAACUCACAAAUAGAAGCUCAAGAAAUUCCAAACGCUGGUCGCGAUCGACGUCGAUCCAUACCUAUGAUUCACGGAGGUAAUCAAAUCAGAAACGGUAUUGCGCACAUGGCAAUCGGAAGCGAUGACGAAAGCGGUCAGAUUUUUCUUUAA